UAGAUAUUCAUUUUUGCACGUGCCUCGCUUGGCAUCCCCCUUGCGGAAGUGAGACAUUUACAAUCGCCGAUGCAAGGCAAAACACAUUUGGGUUGUUUUCUGAUCCUGGCGACUGUGCUUCCACUGGCUUGAUCAGAGAUUCCUCAUCCACAUUUCGAAGACGAGGAAUAUGAAACGACUAGAGAAAUUCCAACUUGAACUCGUCAUUUUCCUUGCGAUAUAUAUCGGCACAUCACAUGCCGAAAACCACGGUUUUUGCCCAAGUGGCUUCGAAAGAUACACGCACCAAGAUGACGUGACUUGUACAUACGCUUGCAAUGCGGACCAAGACUGCAGCGACGGAGAAAUUUGCUGUGUCUUGGAGUCAACGUCCGAGUCGCAAGGGUCCAGAUGUACUGAGUGCAAGCAAGCUGUAUAUGUUGGAGGGUGUUACUUUGGAGCAGUUUAUGAGAGUGAUUACUAUCAAAACAACCAGAUUUUCACCCCUUGGUACGAUGGAUGUACGAUUUGUCAGUGUCUCAAUGGAGAUAUAGAGUGCUAUAAUACCUGUGACAAACCAUUGGCUGCGAGGGAAUGGAUAGUGCCAAGCAUCACUGCCGCAGUUGCCCUGUUAAUCAGUCUGGUCGUCUCCUUGUGCGUGUGCUGCUGCGUGAAGAGCAAUGGCAGGAACAGACCUGCGUACUACGGGCCAGGACCGGCUCAACGGCCCGGUAAUUAUGCAACAUGCAGACCUCGUUCCGAGGAAACAGCACCACUUACCAACUACCAAGUAGCUUAGACGAGAAGGAUUCCGUGUAUUUUCCAUUUUCUAAGAUUUGUCGCAGAGGUCUGAUUUUUAAACAAAUGUGUAGAAAUGUUUUCCCGGCAGCGAAGAGCAUUUGAGUUUGACCAAGCUCCACUGACAACGAUAUGGUCAACUGCAUUGUUUAAUGGACAAGUAUUCUUGUAAUUUUUGGAACUGAAUUUUUUCAAGAAGAACUGUAUACAUUAAUGUAGGGUUGAAGGAAUGAUGUUAAGAAUAAAACAACAGAUGGCGAUGACAAGGGCGCCAUAAAAAUUAAAAAACAGAAGAGAAAUGAUGGUGAUGAAUAUUGCAGAUAUCCAAGUUUAAGCACUUGUUUUUAAACUGACGUGCAUGUGAUAAACUUACUUGUUUUCAACUAGAGGGCUCUUGCUAGCUACACUAGAGUACAUUUACAUUGCCGCAAAAAAAUUAACAAAAUUAAAUGCAUGCUGCAAAUUCGAAAUUGAAUUCUAUACAGUUGCAGGCCUUUUAAAUAUGGAACAAUAAUCAUAUUUAUGCAUGUCCGUCAGAACCAUGUAUAUAUACUGCACAACGCUAGUUUGAUCUUAAGGGUUGUGAAGUAACGGAAAGUCCCCUAAUUAUGCUAAUACUGGUAUACCCUUUUAAAAAUCCGUCUACCUUCUGUCACAAACGAUCGUGAUGAUUUGCUGAAACACAGAAUUUAUCUUGUAGCUCCAGUGCAUUUGUUUGACAAAGAUUGCUUCUGAAAAUUUAUUGUGCCUUUAAAUCCCUAAUAGAAUUUGGGUGGAUAACUGCAGGCGAUGGGUUGUAAGAAGGAUAUCGCUGUACACGUGCGAUGCGUCAUAAGAACAUUUAUAGCAUAAUGCGACGACUGUUUCAUACAAUUUAGUUCUUGAACAAUACGGAUUUUUUAAAGAUAUUCGGAAUCACAAAACAAAUUGUGAUGUGUGUCAUGACGGCUUGAAAAUAAGCAUCUUAUAGUUUGUUCUUGCAAUCAUUAUGUUUCAAACACUUUUCCCUUAUCUCAUUGUAAUUUUGUAUGAAAUUCGAAACCUUACAAUGGUUACAUUAAAAACAAUUUAACCGUCAAAGUUUAAGACUUUUGACGGGAAUUGUUCUUAGUUUUGUCUUAAAUGGCUGUCCUCGUGGUAGGAUGACACCAUUCAAGGUGAUUUACGAUGUCUUAACCUGUACUUUUGAGACAUUCAGACCGUCGUAAAUUUCUUGAAAAUCCUGUGGUAUUAUAACCACGAUGCGUUGUCUGUCGUCCAAACUGAACAGCGAGUUGUAAAAUCGACCCCAGUACAGUUCAUCAGUCAGGAGAUAACUACAUGAAGAUGUGUGAUUUAUUGAAACACUGGUUGGAUUAAAAAGGCUAACAAAACGCCCAAUAUGUCAGCUUAUAUAUGCGACAUGUUGUACUUUUCAAACAUAUUUAAGCAACGAAUUUAAGAAAACAUAGAACUUAAGAAAAAACUCUUUUACUUUGUAGCAAUUUAUAAAACAAGUGUUGGUAGUCUCAGAUUUAUUCUAACAAUAUCAGUAAGUACGAAAUGAAUUGCGUUCAUACUGCGUAUUGCAAU